AUGUCAGAUUCCAACACAACUGACUUCACCAACCCCUCCACCUUCAUCCUGCUGGGCAUUCCUGGCCUGGAGGCUGCCCACGUCUGGAUCUCCAUCCCCUUCUGCACCAUGUACACCAUAGCCAUCUUGGGGAACUUCACCAUCCUGUUUAUUGUAAAGAUGGAGCCGAGCCUCCAUGGGCCCAUGUACUAUUUCCUCUGCAUGCUGGCCGUCACCGACCUGGUCCUGUCUACGUCCAUCCUGCCCAAAACACUGAGCAUCUUCUGGUUCAAUUCCAGAGAGAUCGAUUUCAGUGCCUGCCUCACCCAGAUGUACUUCAUUCACUGCUUCUCAGCGAUGGAAUCUGGGAUCUUGGUGGCCAUGGCUUUGGAUCGUUACGUGGCCAUCUGCCAUCCCCUGAGACAUUCCACCAUCCUGACAAAUCCUGUGGUGGCCAAGGUCUGCCUGGCUGUGGUGCUGCGCAGUGGCAUGCUCGUUCUGCCCUAUGUCCUCCUGGCGAGGCAGUGGCCAUAUUGCAGAACCAACAUCAUCCCCCACACGCACUGUCAGCACAUGGCCGUGGUGAAGCUGGCCUGCGCCGACACCCGAAUCAGUAGUUACUACGGCCUCUCUGUGGUAUUCUCUGUGCUUGGUCUGGAUGUAUUUUUUAUUGCUGUGUCCUACACCCAGAUCCUCAGGGCCAUCUUCAGCCUCCCCACAAAGGACGCCCGGCUCAAGACUUUUGGGACCUGUGGGUCCCACCUCUGUGCCAUUUUAGCAUUUUACAUCCCUGGUCUCUUCUCCUCCCUCACGUACCGGUUUGACCAGAAUGUGACCGAGCAUUUCCACAUUCUCAUGGCCAAUAUGUACCUCCUGGUGCCUCCCAUGCUAAACCCCAUUAUCUAUGGGGUGAAGACCAAGCAGAUCCGGGACAAGCUACUCCAUCUCUUUACUCAUAAAGGGACCUAA